UCUCUUGCAGUGCCCAGCCCCGCAUCGUGCUUUGGUCCCCCACAGGCAAGGGGCCAGGGAAGGGAGUGAUGGCUUGAAGUUAGCUUUGUCUUCAGGGCUCACCUACAGGGCCAGGCGAGCUCGGGAACUCCUGGCAACCCAGUGAGGUGGGACGGAGGCCAGCGCCCCACUGUGGAGCCAGGUGUCCAAGGUAGGGCUACAGCACUUCCCAGCAGGUGCACACAUUUCUGUCUGCCCGAGCCUCACCAUGCUGUCUCUUGAGAAACGCUUGUCAGCUGAACACGUCUGUGGAGGCUGCCAGAAGCUUCCGAAGGGUUCAGGUGGGCACUGCCUGUUUGUUUGUUUAUUUGAGUGAAGAGAGGGAGAGACAGACAGCGUCCAUCUGCUGGUUCACUCCCCAGAUGGCCACAACAUCCGGGGCUGGGCUAGGCCAAAGCGGAGCCUGACGCCGCCUCUGGGUCUCCCACAUGGGUACAGAGGUCCAGGGACAUAAGCCGUUUUCCACUGCUUUCCCAGAUACAACAUCAGGGAGCUGGAGCAGAAGUGGAGCAGCCGGGACUUGAACCAGCCGGUGCCACAGGUGGGGGUUUAACUCACUGUGCACAACAUUGGCCUCCACUUUUUUUUUUUUUUUUAAAGAAAUACAGGCUGUAUGCAAAUGUGGGGGGCGGGGAAGACUUCUGAAUAUGCAGUGGUCAUCUCUCCGAGCAGCAGGAGCUGCUCUCCCUCAAGAGCCAUGUGCCCCUGAUCCAGACAUGCGACAGGGAUGAACCUCCAAGCCGGGGUCACAGGGCCUCUCUGGCACACGGCCGAGCACAGCAGGGCCAGCUGCCUGUCACGUGAACACUCAGAAGCAGCAGCCUCCAGGUUGGAGGAUUCGUGGGGUGUGAGUGCCCGGGUGUCAACGCUGCCCCAUUUCACCGGCUCAACAUACGAGCUCCACCCACAUCUCUUGCCAGAGUCUUGAAAACCGAAUCUAGAACAGUCCUUUGUUGUCCUCUUAAAGCUUUGCUCAUCCUGUGUGGCCCGGGGAUGGACACGCCAGAGGGGUCAGUGAGGAGUGAGGCUGAUGGGAGUGGUGGGAACUGUGGAAAGGUGGCCACCAGAAGGGCCAUUUCCUGUUCUGCUCCAACAGAGAGGCCCUGUGAGGCUGUGGGCCCAACACUCCCAGAGCGUGCGUGUUUUCAAAGGAAGUCAGAAAUCUGGAGUUUUUAAGUGAGGCUCCCCACAAUGUUUCACUGCUAGCAAAUGGUUAUUUUUAGAAGCAAUAGCAGCCAAGUGAAACAGCACCAGCCCCUCGCUUGCAGCCUGUGGUUCACUGUCCUUCCCACCUGAGUCUCGGCUCCACGGGGACACACCGUGCCUCUGCUCCCACAGUGGACCAAACAGGAACAGAGGCAGAGGAUGCCUCUCCCAACAGAGCACCAGAGCCAGGAAGAAUGUUCUAGCAAGGACCUGAUGCCCUCUCCCACACCUGCUGGGAAUUUCUCCAUUUCCCUUUAAGUGCUGCUCCCAGGAUGCACUGGGGCUCAUUAUUGCCAGCGUGAAGCCUCACAAUGGCCAGGGCGGCCCUGGCUCAGGGCCUCUGUGACAUCACCAAACAGCCCAGCACCAGGCACCCCGGUCUCCCAGUUGAGAGGGCAAACCACCCCACCAUGAGCAACUUCCUCCCCCAUCUCUGCCCACCAUGCGGACGCUGAAAUGGAUCCUGUUCUUACCUUUGUGCCUCUCCUGCGGCUGUGCCUUUAUGUUCUCUUCUCUGAGAGAGAAGGCCAAAGACCCCCAGGGAAAGGUGCCUUGCGGAGGGCACUUCCGGAUUAGGCAGAAUCUACCAGAGCACGCCCAAGGCUGGCUUGGGAGCAAGUGGCUCUGGCUCUUGUUUGUUGUUGUGCUGUACGUUAUACUCAAGUUUCGAGGAGACAGUGAGAAGAACAAGGAGCAGAAUCCUAGCCUUCGAGGCUGUACAUUUCGCUCUCCAAUGAGGAGAAAUCAAAAUACUUCCCCCAACAAAGACUAUGCAUUCAAUACCUUGACUCAGCUCGAGAUGGACCUUGUGAAAUUUGUGUCCAAAGUGCGGAAUCUUAAAGUCGCCAUGGCAACUAGCAAUAACCUCAAGCUCCAAAGCUUAGAGGCACCCGCUGACCCACAGAACAACAUCACGAUUUAUGAAAUAUGGGGAGAAGAGGAUGAGUGAACAGAUUCGUGUGUCAAAGUAGGAGAGAAGAACUGGAGUGUUGACAAACAGUAUGCAAACUAAUAAAACUAUU